ACAGCAGUCCGUCACUGCUGAGCAGUAAUUUAUUCACUUUCCGGGAAAAAUUCCAACAAUCUGAGUUUACCUUUUUGAAUCAAACUGUGGCUUUUUCCACAUUUCUCUCCUUUUUUAAUUGGAUGCUGGCUGGGAGGGAGGCUGAACGUCACGAACUUGAGGGCACGGCGAUGACGUCAGAGCGGCAGAUGGGAGUCGCGUCAGUGUCUUUGAGGUGACAGGUCGUCGCGAGCUUUCACACAACAAGGAAGUGGAGCGCGUGUUCUUCAGCGGGAGCCCGGGACGGACGCGAAACGGUGGUCUUUCCCUCGGCGGUGAGCUCCAGAGCAGGCUCGGGGUCUGCACAGCAUCUUAGCUCUUCCAGUUUCUCUGCUGCGAUUUUGUUUGUCAGGUAAUUUGAAGGCCUCCUCUGUCCUCAUCUUCUCAGGCUGCUGGCGUUUCCCUCCAGUCACAUGGCUGUGUGCAUCAGUCAUGUGACCCCUGAUGAGCCGAGAUCGUAGCACCAUGUCUGCAUGUACUUCAUGACGGCCCUUUGAACGCUGAGCUCACGUUAGCUGCCUCUUAGUGGGAUCGUCUCUAACUGUGUUCAAAGAUGGCGCCCGUUCCUCCAGGGAUCCGCCUGCUGGUGUCCUUUGACAGGGACCAGUGGUACAGAGCUCUCACCUUCACCCUCACCUUCUUGCUCUAUACCAGCUUCCACCUCUCCAGGAAACCAAUCAGCAUUGUCAAGAGUGAACUUCAUAAGAACUGCUCAGCUGCCAGUGAAGUCGCCGCCAUGGCCUCCAGCAGCAGCCAGCAGCCCUCCCUGCCGUCUCUCCACACAGAGGUGGACUGCAGCUGGAAGCCUUUCGAUAAAAGCAACUACAAACAGCUGCUGGGAGCCAUGGACUACUCCUUCCUGUGUGCCUAUGCAGUUGGAAUGUACCUCAGUGGCAUCAUCGGGGAGCGCCUGCCCAUUCGGUUGUACCUGACAGUGGGCAUGCUGGCCAGUGGCCUGUUCACGUGCCUGUUUGGACUCGGCUACGUCUACGACAUCCACAACCUGAGCUUCUAUAUAUUUGUCCAGGUGGCCAACGGAUUGGUCCAAACCACCGGCUGGCCCAGUGUAGUGACCUGCAUCGGCAACUGGUUUGGGAAGGGAAGGCGUGGACUCAUCAUGGGGCUGUGGAACUCUCACACUUCAGUGGGAAACAUCCUCGGCUCUCUAAUCGCCGGAUACUGGGUCUCCUCCAACUGGGGCCUGUCCUUCAUCGUGCCGGGGCUCAUCAUCAUAGCCAUGGGUGUGGUGUGCUUCCUCUUCCUCAUUGAGCAUCCUAAUGACCUCAAAACCGUGUAUGCACAAAACUCCUCUCUGGGCAAGGCUGUUCCAACCAGGAGCUGGAAUGGAGUGAACGGACACGCAGAGGUGUAUCUACAGUACAAGGACUCCAAAAACCAGAGUUGUGACACGGAGCUGCUGUUGCCCAGGGACAGUGUGCGUAUCCCCAUGCAGCCCGUUGUGGUGGUGAAGAGCGAAUCCGAACCGUCUGCCAUCAGCUUCAUGGGAGCCUUACGGAUACCAGGAGUGGUUGAGUUCUCUCUGUGUCUGCUGUUUGCUAAGCUGGUCAGCUACACUUUCCUCUUCUGGCUGCCACUCUACAUUACCAAAGCAGCUCACCUGGACGCCAAGAAGGCCGGAGAUCUCUCCACGCUGUUUGACGUGGGGGGGAUUGUGGGGGGCGUCUUAGCAGGAGUGAUCUCUGAUAAAUUGGGGAAGAGAGCCACCACCUGUGCAGUCAUGCUGCUGCUGGCUGCUCCUACACUGUACGGCUUCUCCAUGAUCAGUGAGUUUGGUUUGGGGCCAACCAUUGGGAUGCUGUUAGUGUGCGGAGGUCUGGUGAAUGGACCGUAUGCCCUCAUCACAACUGCAGUGUCAGCUGAUUUGGGCACCCACAAGAGCCUGAAAGGCAAUGCCAGAGCAUUAUCCACAGUCACAGCCAUCAUCGAUGGUACAGGAUCUGUAGGUGCAGCACUGGGCCCCCUGCUGGCUGGGCUGCUCUCUGCAGGUGGCUGGGAUCGGGUCUUCUACAUGCUGAUGACUGCAGACUUCCUCGCUCUGUUGCUUUUGCUACGGCUCGUGACAAAGGAGCUGUUCUCGUCUAAAUCCCAUCCCAUCUCCACUGUAGAGCUGAAGGAGCACUGAGCACUUUGACUGCACGGCACACACAGGGCAGUGACACCACCUGCUGUGGCCUCAUCAGGACCGUGGGCCCACUCAUUAACCUUAAAGAGGUGUUAAUACACCAACCUGUGUGUGUGUGUGUGUGUGUGUGUGUGUGUGUGUGUGUGUGUGUGCGCCUACAUCAUGCUGCAGUGUGUCACAGAGAGCUGUGGCUGUAGCUGCAGCUCUCCCAGUCUGAAGGCUUCAUGUGCACUUAUUGUACUUGCCAUCCUCCUCUUUAACCUUUGACCUUGAUGCUGUUACUGCUCACAUGUAUGUUGGAACUUUUCUUUUCUGAACAAAGACCCUUCUACAGCUGUGUUCUUCACUAACCCACCUGUAACCUUACCUGUCAGGUAACUUCAGGGACCAGUAGUAACUCUGUGCAGCUCACAUAGACCUGGUGUCGUCAGCUUUGGUGGCUGUUUUUAAAGCUGUCGCUCAGCCUGGCAUCAAGAACAGCUUCAUCACAACUGGAGUUCUUCCAGGACUAAAAGCUCAGAUCUGCUACAAAGAUGGCAAACAUGCAGGAUCUGAUUUAUAUCAGGAAAAAGUAACAGUAAAAACUUUUAGUGCUCCUAGAUGCAGCACUCACUGAUGAUUGGUUGAAGCACCAGACCAGGUGGCCUUUGUAGUUCUGUAGCAGCUACACAGGAGACACACAUGCUGUAGUGGAGUGUACACUGUACUGUUCACUGUACUGUUCACUGUGCUGUUCCAGGAGUUACUGAUGACCAUUGUGCUGCUGCUAAGUGCCCCAAACUGGAAUCAGCACAGGUAGAUAGGACAGGUGUGUGUGUGUCCUCACCGCCUGUGUGUGUAGGAAUAGUUGGUAUGAACCCACUGAUAUAGAAGACCUCCACCCAAAGCCGACGCAGAAGAGAGGAGCCGCUGUUGGUGAUGAUGUGAACAGAGGGGUUAACCUUUGCUGAACUGUGAGACAGUGCUGGGAAGGUAUCCCUCUCCUCUGACAGCAUUCCCAAAAACAGCUCCCUGUAUCUCCACUGGAGAUCACAUGCUGUUGGUACACAGUAGCACCGAGGUGCUGGACAAACUCUCAUUUCUUCCCACUGAAAGUUCCCCAAGUUGAGCUACUGAAUAUGUUGCUUGAAGAAGGUGCCGUGUAGACUGGCUCUGCACUGGCUCUGUGUUUGUGAAGCAGAGCUAAUCUAGGAUGAAUCCCACGUCUCCAGUGAAAGGAUAUCCUGGCACGGCUCCACGGAGUUCUUGUCCCAGAGUUGGAGCUGCAGGUGUCGGUGGGAGUCCCGCCUCUGCUGCAGCCUGAUGUGGUCUCACCUGUGCUCACUGAGCCAAAGAAGAAGAAUUGUGGUGCCAUUUACAUAAGCGACUAUUUAUUUUGAGAAUCGUUUAACUUAUUUCUUUUUUCUUGUGCUAGUUUCUGAUUUUAUAAUGAAACUGAGGUACCAAAGCUACGUGUGUGUCUGUCUGUGUGUGUGUGUGUGUGUGUGUGUGUGUGUGUGUGUGUGUGUGUGUGUGUGUGUGUGUGUGUGCGUACAGAGCUUAACAAAUUUAUUAGACCACUGCCAUAAAAAGAGGAAACUGUUUAAAACUAUAAAUGACUGAAUUCUCUGAGCUUGGUUAUAUUCUGGUGAUUACCAAUACUGUUAACGUAGGGCAGCUACACUGGGGGGGGUGGUCUACUG